AAGUGGCAGUCAGUGAGUGCACAGUGAGCAUUACACCUGCUGCAUUUCUCAGCCACUCUCUCACUUUCUCCCUCUUCCUGCCCUUCUCUCUUCCCCUUUCUUUUCACCUUCUCUGGUCAGAAUGCACAAGGCAGGUGGCGGCUCAGCCAUGGAUUCCAAGGAGGCCAGCGGGGGUGAGAAGGAGAAGGAAAAAGAGAAGGAAAAAGUGAUCAAGAGGAGGAAUCGACCUGUGUUCCUGCGCUACCUGGAGAGGAGGAAGACGGACACGAUUGUGGGCGAUGACAUGGUCAAAGGUGACAUCAACCUGGGGACGCUGGUGAGGAGGAGUCAGUCAGACAAGACGGAGUACAGCACUAAACUCAAAGAGAAAAUGACCCCACUCGAGCUGUCAGCGCCCUCCUCCCCAGCACUGGAACCGGAAGAGGUUCGUUCUAGGAAGAUGAGUCGCAGGGCAAAGGUCAUUCAGGAACUUGUGAAGACUGAAGAAGAUUACCUCACAGACCUGGAGCUGUGCAUCAGAGAGGUGGUCCAGCCUCUACGAAACCUGCAGGUGGUGGAUGUGGACCGGCUGUUCACCAACAUGGAGACGGUGUGCGAGGUUUCUGCAGCGCUCCUUCACAGGCUGCGUGGGGCCAUGGCUGACCCUGAUCCAGAAGCAGUUAUCAUAGGCGAUGUAUUCAUUCAGGCCAAAUCAGCUUUGGAAGAUGUCUACAAGAUUUACUGCUAUCAUCAUGAUGACGCCAACAUGUCCCUGAAAUCCUACGAGAAAGAAGAAGAAAUAAAGCAACAUUUCACUACAUGUGUAUUAGCACUGAAGGAAAUCUACGAUCAAGAAGGGAAAGCCAACCUGCUGGAUAUGGGAUCACUGCUCAUCAAACCAGUUCAGAGGAUCAUGAAGUACCCGUUACUGCUCGGGGAGCUGUGGCAGGCAACUCCUAAUGACCACCCUGAUUACAAACCACUGCAGGAGGCCUUCACUGCUACCAAGAUCAUCAAUGUCAACAUUAAUGAGUUCAAAAGACGCAAAGAUAUAGUUCUGAAGUAUAAGCGGUCAGAAGAUGAAGGCACACUGAGGGGAAAACUGAACAAGUUCAACAUCCACUCCAUCCGAAAGAAAAGUGACAGGUUUGCUGGUUAUCUGAAAAUCCUAACUGGAGUGGAACCACAGGUGAGAGAUGAAGUGUUUGACAAGCAGGAGAAGCUGUUUAGAAAUCUGGAGAAAGCCGUGAGGCAGUUGGUCAAGAAUGUCCACUUUUACCUGCAGCACACUCAGGAGAUUGUGUCUGUAGCUGUCCAGAGUGUCAAAAAUAUGGAGAACAUUGUGAAGGAGCCAUGUAAAAAUGACACAAAGGAUCAUUGGAUAAACGGAAAUGACCCGUAUAAGCACUUUAAGCAGAGUAUGGAGCACUUGGUCUUCACCCCACUCUACUCCCUCCAAGGCAUGUUUACGGCCCCACAGAAGCUCAUCCAGAAACGUUAUGAUAAACUGUUGGAUUAUUGCAGCCGUCUGGAGCGUUCAUCCUCCUUUUCAUCCGCCAACUCUUCAUCUCCUUCGCUGGCAACAGACGACCAGGGGAUUGCCAGGAGGGACUAUGAAGCUAUCAAUGCCUUAUUAGUGGAGGAGUUACAGAGAUUCAACAUGGCCGCCUACAUUAUUCUGACAAACUGUGUGGUAUACAUCAUUUCUCUACUCAGAGGGCUGACGGAGUCGAUACUGCACCGACUUCCAACAAUACACCAGCUACCGGCUCCUCUCUCAAACAUGACUGAAGUGCAGAACAGCAUCAUGGAUGAGCUGAACAACCUGACAUUUGUCAAAGAGAAUGCACAGAAGCUAAUGGAGCGCAAAGUCAGCUUUGAACGACAACGGGACAAGAAAAUUAUGAUGCCAGAGGUGCAGCAUCAGACUGAGGAGCAGCGUGCGUGGUUGCUGGCGGAAUACCCACUGAACCGUCUUUACCAGCUAAAGAGGAAGUGCAAUGGUUGCCAGGAGCAGGACCUCAGCCUACUGGAGGGGGAGCUGGUGGCUCUGCUGGAGGACACGGACCCUUUAGGGAGCAGCAGCCGCUGGCUUGUUCACAGUGGAGGAGAACAAGGGUACAUCUACUCCACAUUCCUGAAGCAGUACAACCCGCUGAGGGACUCGCACCGGGCAAGUUAUGCAGCCACAGAGCAGCAACAGCAGCAGCAACAACCACCAGCUACACUGGAUGAAGAUUUUGAUGACCUCACCUUAUUUGUGUCAGGCAGCGGCAGCAGCAGCCUGCACAGCUUCAACCUCAACACCACCGACAGCUCCUCAACCCUCUCUGGCCUUCAGGGGGAGAUGCUGGAGAGCCCUCAAGACCCGGAGGACACGGUGGACACCGAGACACAGCAGUUUUACGCCGUGUAUGCAUUUCAAGCCCGCUGUAACCAGGAGCUGACCUUGCAGGAAUACCAGCACGUCCGCAUCCUACAGUUCUGCGAUCUGGGAGGUAAUAAGGAGUGGUGGUUAGCCGAGGCUAAUGGACAGAGGGGCUACGUCCCGGCCAACUACCUUGGCAAGAUGUCCUAUGCGUGAAUAGACACUGGAGAGUCUGGAAAUUUUUGAGAGUCAAAGUUGUAUAAAAAGUAGAUUUGUGUCAUCUAAUGCCUCAUACCAGAAGUGUUGAUAAUCAAUCAGUCCUUCAGACAUGUUCAAUGGGCCUCGGAUAAUAAUUCAUGAUUAACAAAGUUAAUUGUACAUUAACACGGGCCGCUGUGCUGAGCACUUUUUUCUACUACAGUGUUGUCAAGCAUACGAUGUGAAGGAAAUUAUUCAAAUGAAGUCAUCUAUUCAUGAAGUAAAUUUUAUAUUUGAAUUGAUUUAUACAUGAAGUAAAUAUUGUAUGUGCAAUGAUUUAUAAAUGAAGUAAUUUAUAUGAAUUUUAAAUGAAGAACUCUAUAUUAAAAAAAUCCUUUUCAAGAAC